GCUGAGAUGCGAGCAAAAAAAGCAUAGGUGAAAACAUCUUCACAGAGUGCGCAUGCGCGAGAAGUUGACGAGAGACGGAUCCCUUCUAGACACGACCUCACUGCACCCUGUGCAGAAGUCCACUUCACAGCUACUCCUAAAGAUGGCACUGUUUUCUGUUUUUGUUGAUGAACUUUGCUCUACAUUAACAGGUCUAGAUGUCUCAAGCGUUGUUAUUUUCGCAAUCGUUUUGCGUCAAGGCUGCAGAAGUGUCUUAUCCGGACUUUUAAACUCUUCAAGUUAAAGUAAUCAUCAUGGUGCGGGUUAGAGGAGUAUGACAGUGUGGAGCUUUCUUUGCUUUUUCUCUUCCAGUGCUGCUGUCUUUCAAUGAAACUGGUGUGAAGUGUAUGUAGUGUGAAAGUGGUCUGGAACAGGAAUGGAGGGGUUUUGGACUGUAGCACUCCCUGUACUGAAGGUUUGGUUCAAUGGUUUGGUGGUCUUGAUCCUGCUGCCUGCCAUGUUUGGCAUCUCUCUUGGCAUCACGGAGACCUACAUGAAGAUUCUGAUCAAAACCCUGGAGUGGGCGACACACAGAAUCCAGAGGGCGAGUAGAGCAGAGGAAAUACUGAAACAUUCAGCAUCUAAUGGUUUAAUUCAGCGGGAUAAUUCCUCUUUGGAGCAGGAGAUUGAGGAACUGCGGCGAAACAGGCCAAAGUCAGCCGAGCGUGGAGACUUUACUCUGAGCGAUGUACUCUACUUUACCAGGAAAGGGAUUGAGAGCAUAGUGGAAGAUGAUGUCACACAGAGAUUCACUUCAGAGGAGCUGGUGUCCUGGAACCUUCUAACCAGAACCAACAACAACUUCCAAUACAUCUCUCUCAGGCUCACCAUACUGUGGGGGGUUGGUGUUGUCGUGAGAUACUGCAUACUGCUUCCUCUAAGGCUUACACUGGCAACUAUAGGACUGAGCUGGUUGGUGAUUGGCACAACGCUGGUGGGUUUCCUCCCUAAUUGCAGAGUAAAGGGUUGGUUAAGUGACCUGGUCCACUUGAUGUGCUACCGAAUCCUUGCAAGAGCCCUUUCAGCCACAAUUCACUACCACAACAAACAGAACAAACCUAAGAAAGGUGGAAUUUGUGUGGCUAAUCACACUUCGCCAAUUGACGUUGUUAUUCUGGCUAAUCACGGCUGUUACGCCAUGGUCGGGCAGGUUCAUGGUGGCUUAAUGGGAGUCCUCCAGCGAGCAAUGGAGCGGUCUUGCCCUCACAUCUGGUUUGAGAGAGCAGAAAUGAGAGACCGCCACCUAGUGACUCAGAGGCUAAGAGAUCAUGCAAAUGACAAAACAAAGCUUCCAAUACUCAUAUUCCCCGAAGGAACAUGCAUAAACAAUACAUCAGUAAUGAUGUUUAAAAAGGGAAGUUUUGAAAUUGGAGGAACUAUUUACCCUGUGGCUAUAAAGUAUGAUCCUCAGUUUGGAGACGCAUUUUGGAACAGUAGUAAAUAUAGCAUGGUGAGCUAUUUGCUGAGAAUGAUGACGAGCUGGGCCAUAGUGUGUAACGUCUGGUAUCUGCCUCCCAUGACACAUAAGGAAGGAGAAGAUGCUGUGCAGUUUGCCAACCGAGUGAAAUCAGCCAUUGCACUACAAGGGGGAUUAGUGGACCUGGCCUGGGAUGGGGCUCUGAAACGGGCAAGAGUGAAGGAUUCGUUUAAAGAGCAACAGCAGAAGAUUUACAGCCACAUGGUGGUGGGAGAUGACAGUAGUGACUAAGACUGGACACAAACAACAAUGAUUAAAGGUCUUGAUAUUCUCGUCCACCAAUCAGAGGCUCUGAAAUCCCACACCCAGGCCUCUAAGAUACCAAUCGACACGAAUCAUCCCUGAAAAUCUUGUUGACAAGAUUACAGCAGGCUCUAUUUAUACCACAGCUGCUAAAAGAGAGUUUUGUUUAAAGAUAUUUAUAAAUGGGAAAAUAUCAAAUGAAUUUGGUAUUUAUUUCUGAAAUACCAGCUUGCAUAUGCGAUAGAUCCCACUUUCAUAUGGGCAGCUUUGCUUUUCUGAAAUUUAUUUUUUUUUGCCAGAGAGUUAAUUGUGUGAAUUGAUCACAUUUUGUUUGCGGGUUCAUUUUUUUAAUUCAGAAGAUGUUAAUGUAAAGAGGACAUAAUUAUAAGUGCAUAAUUGGGGUUAAUACCCAGUUCUCUAUAUGUUAAUUUAUUUCUCUGAUCAAAUGAACUUUUUUGUUUUUAAAAGUGUUGUUUUUGCCAAAUAUGUCUAUAAUAUCAGGUUUAUUUGAAUGUGAUGUCUACUUUCUGACAAAAAAUUAUUCUUAUUUUAAAAUCAGGUUUCCCACGGUCUUGAAAUACCUGGAAAUAGUUUUUAUUUUGUCAUGGAAGUGAAUAAACUCUUAAGACGUUAUGGAAAAGUCA